GCAUUUCUCCCUCUCCCUCGAGAGAGCCAUCAGUCCUAAUCGACGAUAUAUUGCAUACAGUUGAGCGAAGUAGUUCAGAGCUCAGAAAAAAAAGGGCAAAAGCGAAAGAGCGAGAGAGCGAGAGAGAGAGAGAGAGAGAGGCAUGGAGAUAGAGUUGGAGCCUCGGGUCACAGCUUUGCCCUACAAAGUGAAAGCCACGUCAAGGGAGUCGCCGUCCCAGAAGGCCGCUCAAGUCCUCGAGGCCGACCUCCGCUCCUACUGGUCCACCGCUACCAACACCAAAGAGUGGAUCUUACUCGAACUCGACGAACCUUGCCUGCUAUCACAUGUACGGAUUUAUAAUAAGUCCGUGCUUGAAUGGGAAAUUGCAGUUGGCUUGCGUUACAAGCCAGAGACAUUUGUGAAAGUUCGCCCUCGCUGUGAAGCGCCUCGACGGGACAUGGUGUACCCUAUGAACUACACCCCAUGUCGCUACGUGCGAAUAUCUUGUUUGCGGGGAAAUCCCAUAGCUGUUUUCUUUAUUCAGCUGAUUGGGGUUUCAGUUACUGGCCUUGAACCUGAGUUUCAACCAGUUGUUAAUCACUUGUUGCCACACAUUAUAUCGCACAAACAAGAUGCUCAUGAUAUGCAUCUUCAGUUGCUUCAAGACAUGACAGAUCGGUUGCUUGUGUUCCUUCCACAACUUGAGGCAGACCUAACAAGCUUUUCUGAUGCUGCUGAGCCUAAUAUACGUUUUCUUGCUAUGCUUGCUGGUCCAUUUUAUCCAAUACUUCAAAUUGUGAAGGAAAGAGGAACUGGAAAGUCUAUUACCAAUCUCACAGACUCUGAAGGCUCUAAGAAUGGUCAUGUGUCAUCAGCUUUAACUGUUUCCUCUAACUUUGAGCCUCGAAGGUCACGCAGCGUGUCACCUUUUGUCUUCUCCACAUCCAGUUCCAUUGUGUUUCGUCCAGAUUCAAUUUUCAUGCUGCUGAGGAAGGCAUAUAAAGACUCUGAUCUGGGAACUGUUUGCAGAAUGGCUUCCAGAAUUCUGCAGAAGUUCAUAGAGCCAGUUAUAUUGCAAGAAGCAUCAACUUCUCCCGAUGAAGUAACCUCUAAUCCGGAUGAGACCUCAAAAUCUGAAUUAUCUAAACCCGUUCCUAUAGUUGAUUACUCAAACUUAUUUGGAGAAGAAUUUUGUAUUCCUGAUGAUCACUGGGAUACCAGCUGUCUUAACAUCUUAGAUUUAGGGGCGGUGGAAGAAGGGAUUUUACAUGUUCUUUAUGCUUGUGCGUCACAGCCUCUCCUUUGCAACAAAUUGGCAGAGUUCUCUUCUGACUUCUGGUCUGCAUUACCACUUGUACAAGCAUUGCUACCAGCACUUCGUCCUACUAUGAGCAGUCCUUUUGAUGUUGUUGAUGAAAGUUUUUCUCAAUGGAAGCAGCCUAUUGUGCAACAAGCCCUAUCUCAGAUUGUGUCUACAUCAGCAUCAUCGUUAUACCGUCCACUUCUUCAUGCCUGUGCUGGCUAUUUAUCAUCGUUUUCACCAUCGCAUGCAAAGGCUGCAUGUGUUCUGAUUGAUCUGUGUGCUAGUGCCCUUGCACCUUGGAUGGCUCUGGUGAUUGCAAAGGUUGAUCUGGCUGUGGAGCUUCUAGAGGAUCUUUUGGGUACAAUCCAGAGUGCUCGCCAUUCCCUGAGUCGUGCUCGGGCUGCCUUAAAGUGCAUUGUUCUGGCUCUCUCCGGUCACAUGGAUGAUGUGCUGGGAAAGUAUAAGGAAGUUAAGCACAGAAUUCUCUUUCUUGUUGAAAUGCUGGAUCCUUUUCUUGAUCCUGCCAUAGCCACAUCGAAGAGCCCAAUAGCUUUUGGAGAUCUGUCUUUCACUUUUCCAGAAAAUCAGGGACAGACCUGUAUGACUGCCCUCAAUGUCAUCCGUACUGCAGUAAGAAAGCCGGCUGUUCUUCCUUCUUUAGAAUCUGAAUGGAGGCGUGGCUCAGUUGCUCCUAGUGUACUUCUCUCAAUAUUGGAACCUCACAUGCAGUUACCUCCUGAAAUUGAUCUUCGCAAGUAUCCUAUAUUGAAACCACUCGAGCCUGAAUCUUCAAAUGUUUUAUCUCUUUCAUCUGUCCCUCGCCAAGGAGGAGGUUCUUCAAAAUCAAAUAGCCAAGAUGACUAUGAUGGAAAGACAGAUAUUUCUGAUACAGCUGUGAAGUUUGAUGUUUCUGAAGAUGUCAGUCUAUUUUUUGCCACUCCAGAACUUCGGAGCACAGCAGUGACAAAUAUUAAUAGUGGUCAAGAUGAAAAUAGCUCUAUUUCUAACCAUGGGGAUGUCAGCUCAGAACCAAAACAGGGGGCUGAGAAAAACGUUACUGGCCAGUAUCAUAUUGACCUAGUAUUAGAUGCUGGUUUUACUGCUGAAUACUUCAACUUGCAAGCAGAUUAUUUUCAACUAAUUAACUAUCGAGAUUGUGAACUAAGAGCUUCUGAGUUUCGGCAUUUGGCUUUAGAUCUGCACUCUCAAAGUGAGAUUACCAUUGAAGGUCAUGAUGCUGCUAUAGAUGCUUUGCUCUUAGCAGCAGAGUGCUAUGUGAAUCCCUUUUUUAUGUUGUCUUUUAAAGCCAGUCCAAAAUUUAUGGAUCAGAUGAACAUUAGCAGCUCUAGAAUUCCCCAAAAUCAUGACAUUUUGGAGCUGAGAAGGGUUUCUGAAAAGAGUAAAAGUGAUCUAAAAACAAUAUCUCAUCUUGAAAAGAAAAGAGAUAAAAUUGUUCUUCAAAUACUGCUCGAGGCUGCUGAAUUAGAUAAGAAGUAUCAGGAAAAAGUGUCAGCUGGGGAACAGUGUCCCUACUCUACUGAAGGAUUUGAUGAGGAAGUCGUCAAGUUGUCUCCCCUUGAUAUGCAAUCUGCAGAUGCUAUCACCUUGGUUCGGCAAAAUCAGGCCCUGUUGUGCAGUUUUCUGGUUCAACGGUUGCGGAGAAAGCAACAUUCAAUGCAUGAAAUUCUUAUGCAAAGUCUUGUGUUUUUGUGCCAUUCAGCCACUAAGCUAUACUGUGCUCCUGAACUUGUCAUUGAUAUUAUAUUAGAAUCUGCUGAGUACUUAAAUGGGAUGCUAACAUCUUUUUAUUAUCAGUUUAAAGAAGGCAAUUUGCACUUGAAGCCUGAGAAGAUACAUGGGAUACAGCGACGGUGGAUACUGCUUCAAAGAUUGGUGAAUGCUUCUAGUGGUGGUGAGGAAGGGACAGAUUUAGCGAUCAAUAUUAACAAUGGUAUUCGUUAUGGAAAUUUAGUUCCACCUUCGGCCUGGAUGCAGAGAAUAUUGACAUUUUCUAGAUCUGCAUUCCCUUUGGUUAGGUUUCUUGGUUGGAUGGCAGUAUCUCGUAAUGCUAAACAGUAUAUGAAAGACCAUCUUUUCCUUGCUUCAGAUCUGUCUCAUCUGACAUAUUUACUGUCAAUAUAUGCGGAUGAUCUAGCCAUAGUAGAUAAUGUUGUCAAUCGAAAGCAUGAAGAUAUGAAGACUGAAGAGUCAGUGGGCAAAAAUGUUUCUUCAGUUGGAAAUGGAUUCACUGAUGAACUGGAUGGGGAUCAAUCUUUCCGUGUUAUCUAUCCUGAUCUCAGUAAGUUUUUUCCUAAGAUGAAAAAACAGUUUGAAGCUUUUGGGGAGAUAAUUUUGGAGGCAGUUGGGUUGCAGCUGAGUUCUCUUUCUUCCAGUUUAGUGCCUGAUAUCUUGUGUUGGUUUUCUGAGUUGUGUUCCUGGCCAUUUCCUCACAGGGAAGAGAUUGCUUCUCAAAAUGGUUCUGAUAAUCAGAAAGGUUUUGUUGCAAAGAAUGCCAAAGCAGUCAUCCUUUAUAUACUCGAAGCCAUUGUAAUUGAGCACAUGGAAGCAAUGGUGCCUGAGAUACCUAGAGUGGUGCAGGUUCUGGUAUCACUUUGUAGAGCGGCAUACUGUGAUGUGUCAUUUCUCUACUCUGUACUGCAUCUUUUGAAGCCAAUUAUUUCAUAUUCUUUGCAUAAAGUGUCUGAUGAGGAAAGACUGUUGGUUGAUGAUUCAUGUAUUAAUUUCGAGUCAUUAUGCUUUGAUGAGCUUUUUGAUAAUAUCAGACUGAAGAAUGAGAGUCAAAAUAGCUCUGCAGAAAAAGUGUACAGCCGAGCAUUGACAAUUUGUAUUCUGGCUUCUGUCUUUUGUGACUUGUCCAUUCAACGCAAAAGGGAAAUUUUGCAAUCCUUAAUCUUUUGGGCUGAUUUUACUGCAUUUGAACCAACAACUUCUUUCCAUGACUAUUUAUCUGCAUUCCAGUGUGUAAUUGAAAGUUGUAAAACGCUGUUAGUUCAAACUUUAAGAGUCUUUGGUGCUAUCCCACUUCAGUUUCCCCCACUUUCUGAAGUGAGCAGUAGUGUACUCUCUGGUAAUAGUUUGGAAUCACAUGCUUGGUUUCUCGGUGAUGUCUGCCAUAGCUCGUCUCUAACCAUGGCUUCUGAGAAGUUAGAAAAUAACAACUCUGAUGCUGGUAUUGUGAAUGCAAAGGUUUAUCAUUUAUCAACAGAGGAAAUAGCAGAUUUUUCUAAAGACUUAGAGGCUCUCAUUGCCAAGCUUAACCCUACUGUUGAGCUCUGUUGGAAUCUUCACCAACAACUGGCUAAGAAGUUGACUAUUGAUUUGGCACAGUGUUUUAUGUAUUCGAGGUGCUUAUCUUUGAUUGCACGAGCAGUCCACAAUGCUGAAGAGGAUGACAGUGAAAAUCCUUCACCAUCUAAGUCAGCUGACCAGUUCCUAAUUCAUUGGAGGAUUGGUCUUGAAGGACUUGCCGAAAUCAUAAUGAUGCUCCAAGCAAACAGUUGCUGGGAAGUUGCUUCUGUUAUGCUUGAUUGUCUACUCAGAGUGCCGCACUGUUUUUCACUGGAUAAUGUGAUUGGUCCUAUUUGUUCUGCAAUCAAAAAUAUUUCUUGCAGUGCACCAAAAAUUUCAUGGCGCUUGCAGACUGAUAAAUGGUUGUCAAUUUUACUUGAAAGAGGUGUUCAUACUCUUCCUGAAAGUGCGGCUCCUUCGAUUGAUUUGUUCUGUUCAAUGCUGGGUCAUCCUGAACCCGAGCAACGAUUUGUUGCGCUUCACCACUUGGGAAAACUUGUUGGCCAAGAUGUGAAUGGAGGAACAGCUAUACAGUCUUCUAUGAUUUGCAACAAUUUAGUUUCACCUAGCUCAGCUAUUACUGUUCCUGAUUCUAUUCUAUCUCAUCUGGUUUCUAGUACAUGGGAUUGGGUGGCUGUGCUGGCAUCAUCUGACACAUCAUUACCUUUACGGACAUAUGCUCUGGCACUUCUCGUAGAUUAUAUCCCAUUUGCUGAGUGUCACCAGCUACAAUCACUUCUUGCAGGAGCUGAUAGUGUUUAUGGUUUGGGAAAGCUUGCGCAUCCUACGUGUGAGGGCCCAUUACUACAACUUUCAUUAGCACUUAUUGCUGGUGCUUGUCUGUAUUCUUCGGCUGAAGAUAUUUCUUUGAUUCCUCAUAAUGUAUGGAGAAAUAUUGAGACUUUAGGGUGGUCAAAAAGUGAUAGCAGGCUUGGGGAUCUGGAGAAAAAAGCUUGCCAAGUCUUGUGUAGAUUGAGAAAUGAAGGGGAUGAAGCUAAAGAGGUCUUGAAAGAAGUGCUAUCCUCAAGUCCUUCAAGACAAUCCGACCCAGAUUUCAGGAGUACCCGUGAAUCAAUUCUUCAGGUUCUUGCAAAUUUGACUUCUGUUCAGUCAUACUUUGAUAUCUUCUCCAGAAAAAUUGACCAAGAGAUUAUGGAACUAGAGGAGGCUGAAAUAGAAUUGGACGUCCUUCAAAAAGAACAUUCACUACAAGAAGAUUCCAAAGAUGGGCAUCAGAUUCCUUGUCUAGCCUCUCCUGUGAAAGAUGAUACACGCCUUCAUCAAAUCAAGGAUUGCAUUCGUUCCCUAGAGAAAACUAAACUGCGAGAGGAUAUAGCAACCCGCAGACAAAAGAAACUUAUGUUGAGACGUGCCCGUCAGAAAUAUUUAGAAGAUGCAGCGUUACGUGAAGCAGAACUUCUGCAAGAACUUGAUAGGGAGAGGGCGGCUGAAGUGGAAAAGGAGAUUGAAAGACAGCGACUGCUGGAACUGGAGCGUGCUAAAACCAAGGAGCUGCGCCACAAUCUUGAUAUGGAGAAGGAGAGGCAAACACAGCGAGAACUUCAGCGUGAACUGGAGCUGGCUGAAUCAGGACAACGAACAUCUCGACGAGAUUUUUCUUCCUCCAGUCAUAGCAGUCGACCUCGGGAACGGUUUCGUGAAAGGGAAAAUGGAAGAUCAGGUAAUGAAGGGAGCACAAGAGCAAAUAGUGGAAGCCUGCAGCCUGAAACGUCUACCACUAGUACAUCCAUGGGAGCCAUGCCAACUGUUGUUCUGUCUGGUUCCCGGCAAUUUUCAGGCCAGCUGCCUACUAUUUUACAGUCGCGUGAUCGUCCAGAUGAGUGUGCUAGCAGUUAUGAAGAUAAUCCAGAUGGAAGCAAGGACUCAGGUGACACAGGUAGCAUAGGGGAUCCAGACUUGGUGUCGGCAUUUGAUGGACAGUCUGGUGGAUUUGGUUCUGCUCAAAGGCAUGGAUCCAGAGGGAGCAAGUCUAGGCAGGGAGUCGAGCGGAGAGAACGGGAUGGUAGACGGGAAGGGAAGUGGGAAAGAAAACAUUCAUAAGUCAUGGCUUGGAAAAGGAGGUGAAAGCUUAGGAUAACUUGGUGUAUAUAUGUGUGUUCAUACGUGCACUGAUCUGCAUAGGGAAAGGAUUUCCAAAGGCAUCUUACAGGGGCAUCUUUUCAGGACGCAAGGCUUUGGAUUGGUGUAGCAUAGCACCAUAUAUAACUAUUUGUUUAGGUCUCUUUUGACAACAACAUUACUUUAUUUUUGUUGCAGCAUCUAGCAGGUUAUAUGAUUUAGAUACAAUAUUGUUAAAUCUUAAUGAUUAUAAAUCUUUAUAUUUCAUACAAAAGGAAAGGGAAAAUAUUUUUAUA